CGGGCUGGCACGAGCCCGCGGCGGGGCCUGGGCGGGGAAAUCGGGGACGCGCGGCCGCCGCGAGCUUCGGGCUCCGGCUCCUGCUCCGGCUCAGGUUCGGGGCUCGGUGCGCGCGGCCGGCCAGUCUUGGCUGGCGGGCGACCGCAGAGUAGGGACCGGCGGGCUCUGCGGGGCAAAGGGUUGUUUUUUGGGGAGUAGUGCUUAUUAGCCGCCACUGCCCUGGUUUAAAGCCCUGCUUUUUGGUUUUUCUGCACAGAUUGCAGCUUUUUAACUGUGAUUUCGGGAUGUCAAGGCGUUUUAGUGCUGGGUGUCAGAGGUGAUCCUUGCGGAGGUCGUGGGGAGCUCCUGCAGCACCUGCUGGGCGACGGUAGCUGAGGCUGUGUCUAGGGGGUGGGACGGGGAAACGAAACGUGACUGAGAUCCUGUUUGGAUAUUCUGCUGAAGUUGUCACGUUUCUGUUCUGUACAGCAGUACACACAGCAAGUUGAUAAACCCGGUUGCAGGAUUUCGUGAUGCUGACAAAUAGACCGGGGUGACCUGGUUUGGCUAAGAAUGUUUGGGAUAGCCCAAGCAACUGUCUCUAAUGUAUCCCCUUGGCAGGCUCAUCUUUUUCUUUGUUACAAAUAUUCUAGUAUGGGAAUAAUGCUGGGGUAGCAUAGGCCUAAAGCCAGAAAGAAGUGUUUUAGUGUAAAGGUCUAAGUAGGCAAGUAAGUAGGGUGGAAGAAUCACCCUUUGGGUGAAAACAAGGAGCCCACACGGAUUCUUAGUUUUUUGUAAUGCCGUAGGUAGAAAGAUAGCCACAAGAUGUUACCAUAGUAAGUUUUGUGUUUUGAAUCUUCUUAAAGCAUAUUUUAGCUGAAUCAAUAGCAUGAAAAGCAGUCUUAUGGUCGCUCCUAUGACUCCAUCGUAUUCUGGAUUUUAAUAGUUGGGGGUCUAUUUUCAAUGGAACACGGGAGGGGGGUCUAUUUUAAACGGAACAUGUGUGUCUUCUGCUUUAUCUUGGAGACAACCUGAGUCAUGCUUUCUAGAAGUUCCAAGAACUCACGUGUCUGUCUGUCUCUGUGAACGCUGGACAUCAUUUUACCUUUAGUUAUUCUUACCGCAACUGCUGUGGUUACUCCAGGGAAAGGAGGGCCGGGACAGAUUGGGACCACAGACUGGUCCUCACCUCCAUGUUUGCCCACCGUGUCUGACUUAGCUACCUAAAAUUUGGUGAUGCUGCCGGUAGUAAAGAGCGAUAUACUCAGGUUCUCGUAGUCCUUCUUUGCUGGCCUGCUGCACGUGACUCCAGAGCUCCACUCCUCACUGCCCUGUCUGCCAGUUUUACCUCUAUUGUGUUUAAAUGGUGUGGUUACUUUCGGGAAGGUCAUAAUACCCCAUUUUAGUGGAAACUGAGGGGAAGUAGAAUUUUAUGGUUUUUGAUUCUGACAGCACUUUAGCUGGAGAAUAUAUAUUCUUCUGGUUUGAUACUCUCAGAAGAUUCAUAAUUUCUUUAAGACUUUCUCUUUUUUUGCCUACAUCUCCUUUCCUCUGGCCCACAAGGUUGAGAGCGAGGUUUAGUUAGCGGUAAUUUAGCUUUAUAAUCCCAUUAUCCUUGUGAGCUCAAUACUUGUGCUGGCCUGUAUGUGGAUGUUAACUCAGUAGACGCCAGGAGUUGCCACUGAACCAAUUACUAUAAAAAGUAUUUCACUUUCAAACUCCCACGUUUCCAAGAACUGAGAAACUCAGUGCAAAGGCAACUUGGAAGAGCUCCCUGGCUGCUUGGCUCAGAGGACGCAGUGCUGGAGCAGAUGGAUAAUGGAGACUGGGGCUAUAUGAUGACUGACCCAGUCACGUUAAAUGUAGGUGGACACUUGUACACGACGUCUCUUACCACGUUGACCCGCUAUCCAGAUUCAAUGCUUGGAGCUAUGUUUGGGGGUGACUUCCCCACAGCCCGAGACCCUCAAGGCAAUUACUUCAUUGAUCGAGAUGGACCGCUCUUCCGCUAUGUCCUCAACUUCCUGCGGACUUCAGAAUUGACACUUCCCCUGGACUUUAAGGAGUUUGAUCUGCUUCGGAAAGAGGCUGAUUUCUAUCAGAUUGAACCCUUGAUUCAGUGUCUCAAUGACCCCAAGCCUUUGUAUCCUAUGGAUACUUUUGAAGAAGUCGUAGAGCUGUCUAGUACACGAAAGCUUUCUAAGUAUUCCAAUCCUGUGGCCGUCAUCAUAACCCAAUUAACCAUCACCACAAAGGUCCAUUCCUUACUAGAAGGCAUUUCAAACUAUUUCACCAAGUGGAAUAAGCACAUGAUGGACACUAGAGACUGCCAGGUCUCCUUCACCUUUGGACCGUGUGAUUACCACCAGGAAGUCUCUCUUCGGGUCCACCUGAUGGAAUACAUUACGAAGCAAGGUUUCACGAUCCGCAAUACUCGGGUGCAUCACAUGAGUGAGCGGGCCAAUGAGAACACAGUAGAGCACAACUGGACUUUCUGUAGACUGGCACGCAAGACGGACGACUGACUGAUGGCUAGCCCUCAGAGAACUUCCUGCAAGCUCAUGUUUUGGGACAUGGAAGAGACUGUUG